GGAGUGAACUGACCCGGUUUUGCUGUGUCUCUUUCUCUGAAAAAGGCCCCAAUUUUGAUUAUGAGGGCGAGGCUGCUGCAGUGCUGCUAUCCAUCUCAUCCGCCGUCUGCAAUUCCUCACAGUAUGUUCUGAGCUCUGAGAGGGCUUCUUCUCUUCCCAAAAUGUCAAUGGCCUUGUUCUCCUCUUCUCCUACUCACCUCCCAGCCUUACCCUCCUCUUCCAAAACCCUCUUCCUCCAAAACCUGCCUUCUCUCUAUCUCCCCCUCUCCCCCAAGGGAAGACUCGCCUUCUCAGCAAGAGCCUCCGCCAAUGUCUCUGGCCCUCUGGCAGCCGUAGAAGACCAGCAGGUUUCUGAAGCCUCAGCCGCCGCCGAUUCAAAGCCCAAGCCUGCUCCCAGCGAACAGGAAUCUCUCCGGCCCAACUUUUCGCCGCCGCCCGCCGUGGAUGCGGUUGCCAACUUCGAGGAUUCCAGAUGGGUGAAUGGGACUUGGGACUUGAAGCAGUUCCAGAAGGAUGGGAAGACUAAUUGGGAUGCUGUGAUUGAUGCUGAGGUUAAGAGGAGGAAAUGGUUUGAAGAUAACCCAGAAUCAAGUAGUAACGAUAACCCUAUAGUUUUUGACACAUCAAUCAUACCGUGGUGGGCAUGGAUGAAGAGGUUCCAUCUUCCUGAGGCUGAACUACUCAAUGGCCGUGCUGCAAUGAUCGGGUUCUUCAUGGCCUACCUGGUGGAUAGCUUGACUGGCGUAGGUCUCGUCGACCAAAUGGGCAAUUUCUUCUGCAAAACACUCCUGUUUGUAGCCGUGUCAGGUGUGCUUCUGAUCCGCAAAAAUGAGGACUUCGAAGCACUCAAAAAGCUUGUGGAAGAAACCACGUUCUAUGACAAGCAGUGGCAGGCAACUUGGCAGGAUGAGAAGCCUAGCAGUUCGGAGAAGAACUAACUAGGCAAAUGGGAGGGUUUUUUUGAGUUUCUUUCAGUCUGCUCAAUGUGAGUGUGUUAUUGCUGUAAUUUUGUGUUGGUGAAUGGUGAAUGGUGAUUCGAUGAUUCAAAUGCUGACCUCCAACUUGUACUAAUAGUUAGUCAGUCUAGUUAUCUUUUUCA